GAGGGAGCAUAGAUCGGCUUUUUCUUCUCUCUAUUCUUGAUAUAAGAGCAGCCGGCGUGGCUUCUGGAAGGCGAUUUCCUUCCGACAGUGGCGCGUUCGCGGACUGGGUGGCAAACCCGGCCGCUGGCGGCAGAGGCGAUGAUCUCUGCCUCGGCUUCAAUGCCGGCUCCAGCAGAGGAGGAGGGGGAGGCGCUGGUGGAGUAGUAUGGGGUGGCCCCAGCUCUUUAUCCGCCGUCGGUGGUGGGACAAGGCAGGGCGUCAAUUACGGGUUACACGCCGACAUGGGGAUGAUGGUGCUGGCCUCCGCCGCCUCCUUCCACCAGCAGUGCCACCACGAGUCCCUGCUGUCCUCCUCUGCCGCGGCGGAGCAGCACCCUGUCAUUCCCCUCCUCGCCGCUGCGUCGUGCGUCGUCGAGGACGACAACCCCACCGCCCGGGCCAGGCCCGGUGGCAUCCACCUCUGGCAACCGGUCCUGCCCCAGUUGCCACACCCCCACGCCCCUAACCCUAACCCUAACCCUAACCCUAAUGCCAACCUCGCCAAUUACCUCAGGAAGGCUGUGCCGACGACCGAUCCCAGUGGAAUUCUCCUCGGUGGCGGCGCUGCCGCCGCGGGCGUGGCAGAAUCGACGUGCCAGGACUGCGGGAACCAGGCCAAGAAGGAUUGCAGCCACCGGCGGUGCCGUACGUGCUGCAAGAGCCGCGGAUUUGAGUGCUCGACCCACGUCAAGAGCACCUGGGUUCCCGCUUCCCGUCGCCGCGAGCGCCACGUCACCGCCGCAAGCUCCUUUGCCUCCACCUCCGCCUCCAAAAAGCCCCGCCUCGUGGCCUCGCAGCCCGCGACCGCCUCCCACACCUCCACCCCGAACACCACCCCGCCUCGUAGCUUCGACACCACCUCCAGUCACCAAGACGCGGGCGCCAUCGAGAACCUCCCGGGCCACGUACGAGCGCCAGCGGUGUUCAAAUGCGUGCGCGUAACCUCCAUCGACGACGGAGAAGACGAGUACGCCUACCACGCCGUGGUCAAGAUCGGUGGACGCGUCUUCAAGGGCUUCCUCUACGACCAAGGUCUCGACGACGGCAGCCACGCUGACGAUGCCAACGACGCCAUUCCGAACAUCUCGGAGCUGCACCUCGGCAACCGACACGGUGGCUUGUCGUCGUCGCCGAUGCUACCGUCCAAUGUCUUCGGAGACGGCGGUGGAUUCAUCGGAGGAACCAACUACGGAAACCAAACAAACUGAACUCAUCGUCACUCUUCACACACACCACACACACACACACACAUCCAAUCCUCUCACGGAGCUUAAAACUUCUAUUGCUCAUCAUCUAUCACAGAAGCCUGGAGGUAGCCAUGACGAAUGCAGGUAGUGGUGAGGGGUUUGGUUCUACUUCUUGUAACCAUAUGUGUCUUCUCUAUUGACUCAUUUGUCUUUCUUCAGUCUACUUGAGUUACUAUUAUUUUUCUUGCUAAUAAUUCUAUCUAGCAACGAUGAUUACUGCUGUC